AUGGCAAUUCAGUGCGUCUCCAAGUGCGAUGGAUAUCGUUCACUACGUGCCGAAUGCGCUCGUGAUCCGUGUUUGGCGCAGGGCAUGUGUAAGCUGAUGGAUGCAGGCAUUAGGGACUGUGCCGAAUGGUGCUGUGUGGGCCGGGGAGGCUACGUGUUCCUCGUUGUCCUCUUCUUCUGUGGCGGAACUUGCGCUCUGUUUAGUAUGUACUAUCUGUGGCGGCUUCAUCAGGCCAAUGUCGCAGCGGGGGCCGUCACAGACGCGGGAGAAAAGAUUUCGGCCCCCCCUGAUUCGGACCCCAGCACAGUGGCGGCGCAGCGGCGCAAGAAGCGCCAAGUUACAGUAGACCCGGAACUGCUUAUGGCCGUCGGUGUCACACCACCAGAGGUGGGGGAGCUGGGGGUUGGGCGGUAUCGGUAG